UUUUGCUCGGCUGUUCUGGGUUCCCGGUUUCUCCGGCGGGAUGGUGGCUUCAGGUUUUUCCUUAACUGCCUGCCAGGGCAGUCUCCAGGGAGCGCCAGCCAUCCCCAGAGCUGCGGGAGUGUGCCAAGACCCAUCCUGCCCUGCCAAAGCAGUUCUGUGAAGGGGUGGUAGAUUGAGUGCUCUGAUUCUAAGGUUCUUCCUGAUUCCUGGGAUGUGAGACAAGUGAAUCCUAUCCUGAGCCAUUGCAGUCUAAGAUGUCCACCAAGUUGAAAAAAGAUGCAGCCUUGACUCCUGUGGUGCACACUCGGGAGGAGCAGGAAGGUCUAAGAAUAGUGAAGAUAGAGGAAGAGGAGAACCAUGCUUGGGAGCAGAAGCCUGGACAGCUAGGGAAUGUGCACCCUUAUCAGGAACUUUUCCGCCAGCGCUUCAGGAAGUUCCGUUACCAGGAGGCCCCUGGACCUCGAGAGGUGCUGAGCCGACUCCGGGAGCUUUGCCAAAAGUGGCUGCGGCCUGAGAUACACAGCAAGGAGCAGAUCCUGGAGCUGCUGGUGCUGGAGCAGUUCCUGACCAUCCUGCCCGAGGAGCUCCUGGCCAGGGUAUGGGAAUGUCAUCCAAGGAGAGGAGAGGAAGUGGUGACUGUGCUGGAAAAUCUGGAGACAGAACUUGGAGACAGAGGACAACAGGUCCAAGCCAGUGCACAUUACAAACAAGAAGUGCUGUGGAAGGAAGGAGGACCUGUAAGCCUCACAAAUCAGUCACUGACUAUCCAGCUAAAGUGUGAUCCUUGGGAGCAUUUUUCUUUGCAAGAGAAUGCAGGAGCUGAGACCAGGAAUAUUACUGGUGAAUUUGCCCCAAAGCAGAUAUCUGCAGAAAGGAAUUCACUGGAUGCUUUCCAGGACCCAAAGUGUGCAGAAACUUUUCAAUAUAGGGGUAUAUCAGAACAGCAAAAGGUCAACCCCACGAGAGUAAAACAACACAAAUGUAAGGAGUGUGGAAAGGCCUUUGCUCAGAGCUCAGGGCUUGUUCGACACUGGAAAAUUCACACUGGAGAAAAACCUUAUAAAUGCAAUCAGUGUGGAAAAGCCGUCAGUUAUAAAUCAGCCCUUCUUUCACACCAAGAAAUUCAUAAUAAAAUAAAACGCUAUCAGUGUAAUGAAUGUGGGAAAGCCUUCAGUCAAAACACAGGCUUGGUUCUUCAUCAGAGGAUCCAUACUGGGAAGAGACCUUAUGGGUGUAAAGAGUGCGGUAAAUCCUUUAGUCAAAGUUCACACCUUAUUGGACAUUUGAGAAUCCAUACUGGAGAGAAACCCUUCAAAUGUAAUGAGUGCGAGAGGGCCUUCACUCAGAGGUCAGGACUCAUGGAACAUCAGAGAAGUCACACUGGAGAGAAGCCCUACAUGUGUAAGGAAUGUGGGAAAGCUUUCCGGGGGAGCACCAGCCUUACUCAGCACCUGAGGAUCCACACUGGGGAGAAGCCCUAUCAGUGUGAGGAAUGUGGACGAGCAUUCAUUCAGAGGUCAAGCCUUACAAAGCAUCAAAAUCUCCACACUGGAAAGAAACCUUUUGAAUGUAUAUACCGUGGGAAAACCUUCUACCAUAGUGCAGACCUCACUAAACAUAAGCAGUCCCAUGACAAAGAAAAGCCUUAUGAAUGUAAUGAAUGUGGGAAAACCUUCAGGCAGCGUUCAAAUCUUACUGAGCAUCAGCGAAUUCACAGUAAAGAAAAACUCUAUGAAUGUAAAGUAUGUGGAAAAGCCUUCACUCAGUAUGCAGGACUUAACCAACACCAGAGAAUCCACACUGGAGAGAAACCUUUUGAAUGUCCUGUAUGUGGACGAGCCUUUAGCUGGAGCUCAGCACUUAUAAUUCAUCACAGAAUUCACUCAGGGGAAAAACCCUACGAAUGUGCCGAGUGUGGAAAAACCUUUAGAGUGAACUCAACCCUUACCAUAUAUCAGAGAAGUCACACUGAGGAGAAGCCCGAUAAGUGUGAUGAGUGUGGUGAAGCCUUCAGUCAACACUCAGGCCUCAACAAAUCCAAGUUAGGAGGGAAGCAUGGAAACCCUCCUAAACCAAGAAAAUAUACAUGUGAUGAGUGUGGGAAGACCUUUACACAGUUAACUGGCCUGAGUAACCACAAAAGAAUCCACACUGGGGAUAAGACCUAUCAGUGUCCUGAGUGUGGCAAGGGCUUCACAAGGGGAGAGCAUCUUAUUGAACAUCAGGGGAUUCACAACAAGGAGAAACCUUAUCAGUGUGAAGAGUGUGGCAAAGCCUUCAGUCAGAAGACAGGUCUUAGUCAUCAUCUCAAAAUCCACACAGGAGAGAAACCUUUCAUAUGUUCUGAAUGUGGGCGAGCCUUCAGCUGUAAGUCAAAUCUCAAUAAACAUGAGAGAGUCCACUCUGAGGAAAAAUCCUGUAGAUAGUGUGGGAAAGCCUAUAGGCAGAGAGCAACACUGAUCCAACAUCAGAGAGGCCACAUCCUGCUAAGUCCCAGCAGUAGCGUGAAUGAGGUGAAGCCUGCAGUAGAAGCUCAGCUCUGAUUAAGCACCAGAGAAUUCACUAAAUUGACUCCUUGUGGAGGUGUUUGGUGACAACUUCAAGUAGAAUUCAGAGGGGGUUUUUUUGAGAUAAAAUGUUUCUUCAACUUAUUAUUUAAAGAACAUCAGAGAUACCACACUGAAAAGCUGUUUAAAGGUCAUAAAUGCUGAAAAAGUUGAGAAUUUGGAAAAAGUAAACAAGACAUUUACCUGUGAUUACCUUUGUUAAAUGCAGUGAAGUGUCAGUUAAUACAAUGAAAAGGUACACAAGGGCAGCUGUAAAAAAAUAUUUUUUAUACUGAAUUCAUGAGUUUUUGUGUUUUGCUUUUUCAAAUCAUUUUGAUUUCUAACUAGCCUUAGCCUAGUUUAAUGUUGAAAUUGCUUCUCUUCAUACCAGUUGAGGUCACUGGACUAUCCAAGAGCUUGGAAUGUGUGAGAUGAGUUGUCUCUGUUUCCCUCCCACCUUACUACUAACCAAGCCUCUGACCAGAAGUGGGUGGCCUGCAGACCCUUCCUGAUCCCCAUCCCCAAAACUAGCAUUUUCUGGUGAAAAAGGACAUGCUAUAUUCUAAGUAAUAUGGAGAGCAUAGAAGUUUGGGCCCGCAGUACAUCAGAAUGUAGUGUGGCCAUCAUGGCUAAAGCACAGAGCAUACAUUUUGGUUAUGAACACAGCUCCUUGACCUCACAACAGAGAAAGAGAAGAGGGGAAAGCAAGCCUUUCAUUCCAGUAUUUUCUAUCUCCUACAAAUUGUAUUUUUACACAACUGAAACCGCUUUCAGCUUAAGCACUAUCUCCCUCAGUCAAUGUAGCGAGGGACUGAUGAAGCUGAUAAUAGUUUUCAAGUACUGGAAGACUAUUUCCUCAUAUUUGUGACUGCUCCUGACUUCUACUGGAUUUGUAGUAUUUAUAGGGCAACAUAAUUCAGUCAAUAGCAAGAAAAUCUGGCCCAGCUGUGGUGAAAAUAUUGGUGAAUUUAAGUCUCCCUUAGGGUAUCUAGUCUGCUAAUUUGUCAUUCUGUUGGCUGUUUUCUGCUCUACUGCCUCUCAUCCUCUGAAAUAAGACUCUUGAAACUUUCCUGGUCAUAGAAAAUGUUUCCCCUUGUCUCUUUUUAUAGUUUUUACCUCUCAUUUCCAUGGUAUCAUUUCUUCUACAGGCCAGUGGUAUUUAACUACCUCCAGGUUUCACCCUAUCCAUAUAAAUACAAUGUUUUCUUAAAGGAAAUGGCAAAUAUGGGAGCAUCAAAAGCUAUUAAAUGUUGUGUCAGUUCUUGAAACCCAACUCAAGUGUGAAUUGCCACAAAUCCAACACUUUUUUUUUUUGAAAUGUAAUGGACAUAACAGCUUCAGAUUUACAAUAAAAUGAUUCAAUAUUUGCAUGUAUUGUGAAUCACCACAAUAAGUCUUGUUAAUGUCUAUCAACACAGUUAACAAAGUUUUUUUCUUUUGAUAAGAACACUUAAGAUCUGCUUUCUUAGGAACUUUCAAAUAUUCAAUACAGUAUUAACUAUAGUCGCCAUGCUGUGCAUUACAUCCCUAUGACUGACUUAUAACUGGAAGAUUGUACCUUUUGAUCCCCUUCACCCAUUUCACUGCUACCCUCUCCCCUGACUCUGGCAACCACCAGUCUAUUCUCUUUGAGUUUCUUUUGUUCUUGUUUUAGAUUCUACGUAUAAGUGAGGUCGUAUGGUAUGUUUUUCUCUGACUUAUUUCACUCAGCAUAAUGCCCUCAAGUUAUUGGAAAUGGCAAGAUUUCCUUUUUUAUGGCACAACUGUACACACACACAUAAACACACACACACACCAUAGUUUCUUCAUUCAUCUAUCAGUGGACACUUAGAUUGCUUUCAUGUGUUGGCUAUUGUAAGUAAUGCUUCAGUAAAUGAGGGAGGGGGUUGCAGAUAUCUUUUUGAGUUAGUGUUUUUGUUCCCUUUGAAAAAAUACCAAGGAGUAGAUUUGAUGGAUCAUGUUCUGUUUUUUGAGGAAUCUCCAUACUAUUUUCCAUAGUGGCUGCACCUGUUUACAUUCCCACCAAUAGUGUACAAGCAUUCCAUUUUGCCCCAUCCUCACCAACACGUAUUUCUUGUCUUUUUGAUAAUUGCCAUUUUAACAGGGGUGAGGCAAUAUCUCCUUGUGGUUUUAAUUUGCAUUUCCCUGAUUAUUGGUGACAUAGAGCUCAUUUUCAUGUACCUAUUGGCCAUCUGUGUCUUUGGAAAAAUGUCUAUUCAGAUCCUCUGCCCAUUUUUCCCUCUUUCGAGCUGUAUAAGUUCUUUCUACAUCUUGGAUA